AUGCGCUUCCUAAAGGUCGCGCUAGCGGCAGCGCUCUCGCGCGUCGCGACAGCAUCAUUGCAGGUCGUACCGGGAGGAACAUGGACGACGCCCAACGGCGAGCACCUCCAAGCGCACGGCGCGGGUCUCAUCCAAGUCGACGGCGUGUACUACAUGAUAGGCGAGGACAAGAGCGGUGGGCACUCCUUCUCCAACGUCAACUGCUACUCGUCGACCGACCUCGUGCAAUGGACCUACGUGGGGGCGCUGCUGUCGCGCACCAGCUCGGGCGACCUGGGACCCAACCGCGUCGUGGAGCGGCCCAAGGUCAUUUACAACGACAAGACGCGCAAGUAUGUCCUGUGGAUGCACAUGGAUAGCAGCUCGUACGGUGAGGCCAGAGUUGCGGUGGCGACGGGUGAUACCGUGUGUGGGAAGUAUCAGUAUCUUAGGAGCUUUCAGCCGUUGGGGAGGGAGAGCCGUGAUAUGGGAUUGUUUAAAGACGACGAUGGCAAGGGAUACUUGCUGACUGAAGACCGGAAAUACGGUCUUCGCAUUGUUGCACUCUCGGAUGACUUCACAUCCCCGACGAGCGACGUCUUUUCGUGGAAGCUCGAAGGUGGUAACCGUGUCGAGGCCCCUGCUAUGGUCAAGCUGGGCAACACAUACUUUAUGUUUGCGUCCAUGAUGACGGGAUGGGAUUCCAACGACAACCAGUACACGACGUCCACCAACCUGCGUUCCGGCUGGUCGAGCUGGAAGAAGUUUGCCGACAGCGGGACCAACACCUACAACUCCCAAACCACUUACAUCCUCAAGACCAGCGAGAGCAGCGCCAUCUACCUGGGCGACCGGUGGAUGAAGGACAACCUCAUGGCCAGCACCUACAUCUGGCUGCCCCUGAGCAUCAGCGGAACUAGCGUCAGCAUGAAGAACUUUGUCAGCUGGGUGCCCACGUCCAACUUCGCCUCGUGGCAGAACCCGCCCGCCGAGACCAGCUACGAGGCCGAGAAGGCCGCGUACGGCGGCAAAGCGCGCAACGUCGACUGCUCGGGGUGCUCGGGCAAGGUCGCGGCGGGGUACAUCGGCGGGCCGGACCGCGGCAGCGUCACCUUCAACAACAUCCGCAGCGACAUCGACGGCCUGACCACCAUCCGCAUCAAGUUCCUCAACGGUGACACCGGCCCGCGGUACGCCAACGUGAGGGUUAAUGGGGAUGGUGGGCGGAAGGUGGCCUUCUUGCAGGCGACGGGGAAUCCGGCGAGCAGCACGCUGCAUGCUAACUUGAAGAAGGGGUCGUCGAACACGAUUGUGAUUGAGGGGAUCGAUGGUGGCUGGGGCCCUGAUAUUGACCGUCUGAUGGUGCCGGUUCAGUAG